AUGAAGGCGGCCAAGGGGCCGGGCGACUACCAACGCCUCAACAUCCAGCAGCAGGCCCUGAAGCUGACGGCCAACAGCAUGUAUGGCUGCCUGGGGUUCACCAACAGCAGGUUCUACGCGCGGCCCCUCGCGGAGCUCAUCACCAGCCAGGGCCGCGAGAUCCUGCAGACCACGGUGGACACAGUGGCCAACAUGGGGAACGGCCUCGAGGUGGUGUACGGCGACACGGACUCGAUGUUCGUCCACACGGGGACGGACGACCUGGCGGCGGCGCGCGCCUCUGGGGCCGCCAUCAAGCGCGAGGUCAACAAGCGGUACCGUCUGCUGGAGAUUGAGCUCGACGCAAUCUUCAGGACCCUGCUGCUGCUCAAGAAGAAGAAGUACGCGGCCAUCAAGGUGCGGCGGGAACUUCACGCCGUGAACUUUGCCAAUCCCUCCUCCUGA